AUAUUGCUCGGGAUCGGUAUACAAAAAACCCAAAAUAUUGGGGAAAACCAGGAACACGACCAUAAUUUUGGAAAGAAAGCCCUGACGGAAUGUCAAAAAAGCAAUUUGGACUGGUCGAGUACACUAACUAGAUAAGCUGUGAUUUUGCUCUUGGUGAUACCACUAAAUGUGGAGAUGGAGAGGCUGCUUUCAGAAAUUUACACAAGGCAUCCAUAAGCCAGUUAAACAAAGGAGUUGUCGAUUCAUCUGGAACACUGCAGAAGAACAUGUACCUCCAAAAACAGAACUAAUAACAGUAAGCCCUGCACCAGAAAUCCCACAUCUACCAAUGGCUGAAUCCCCACAUCUACCAAUGGCUGAAUCUCCUCAAAAAGUACCCCAGUUCUACAGACGAGUUCUUCCACAGAGCUGUAUAUCAUUUUACUCACAGGAAGGGAAGAAGAUUUUCCACGAAGCCCUGGAGUCUGGUCACAUGGAGUGCUACUUUAAGUUGGCAGCCCAGUUCCGGACACAGGAUGAGCCGGCUUUCUGCGGACUGACCACUCUUGUGAUAGCAUUGAAUGCUCUGGAGGUAGACCCAGGGGAGGUGUGGAAAGGACCUUGGAGAUGGUACCAUGAGACAAUGCUAGACUGCUGUAUUCCCAUCAGCCUGGUGGAGCAGGAAGGAAUCACAUUUAAUCAGUUUAUCUGUCUGGCUGAAUGUAACUCACUAGAUACCCAACCCACAAAGUCGGGCACUGGGGGGACGCUAGAACAGUUUAGGGAGAAAGUCGUUGAGUACUCAAAGAGGGAUGAUGCUUUCCUGAUUCUCAGCUACUCACGGAAAACACUCAAUCAAACAGGUGAUGGGCAUUUUUCUCCUGUGGGAGGGUACCACCCUGAGAAAGACCUGGUUCUGAUGUUGGACACCGCUAGGUUUAAGUAUCCCCCACACUGGGUCUCUGUGGAGCUCCUCUGGGAUGCCAUGCAUGCUCUCGACAAAAGCACAGGUGAACCAAGAGGCUAUCUAACAGUAAGGCAGAAGACUUCAUCUCACGUAGAACAGAAGAACAUGCUGGCUCUUUUCAAACUCUCGCCAUCCUUUGACAUUGCCAAUAGCAAUGUCUUCAGUGCUGGAAUCUCUCCUUUCAUCUGUCAGUGGCAGGACUGGCUAGAGAAGGAUAGUGUAGAACAACAGGACAUGAAACAAACACUACAGUACAUUAUCAAGAAUCUCAACAACUGUGCUAAGGCAGGUGAAGUGAAGGAAACUGUAUUCACCACACAGAUCGAUAUUAAAUGUGCAGGAGAUAUUUCCCAGGCACACGCUUGUGUCGUCCAUCAACUUCUUUCUAGCAUUGGGAAGACACCACUCUUCACUGCUGUGACAGACUUCCUAACUCAUCAUGGUGGCGAUCAGCAUUUAGACAGACUUGGAUGCAUUGCUAGCAAUAUGUCCCCCGUACAGGCCGAGUGUCUCGUUGAUAAACUUGGCACCGCCCACUUCGUAGUCAUGUUCCUCCUCUCUUGGCCGUACGAGACCAGCGGCCCCCAAACAAACCAGAACAAUGAUGUGCUUAUUAGACUACUUGUGGAGAUGCAUUCUGAGUCAUGUGAAAAAUUACUAGGCGGAGAAUCAAACGUACUGAGGAAGCAAUUUUCUAGCUUGCUGAAGCUUCAAAAAGAGAAGAUGGCUAGGAAGAAAAUGUGUGGUUGUCGCAAAUGCUGAUGCGCGGCUUAGCAUAGAAUAUGUUACAUUUAUAUUAUAAACUUUGAUGUGGGAAAUAUAUUUGACAUUCAAGGUGUAGGUAUGCCUCUUUACAGUUUAUUUUGGAAUUUGGGAAAUGCAGUGAAGUGUAUUUUUAUUCUGUUAUCAACUAGUGCUUUGUUAUCCACAUCAAGUAUCCCAACUGGGGAAGGAGGAGAGGAAUGGUUUUUAGCAUACUGUCAUUCAAUUUUAUUUCUGUGUAUCCUCUCCAUUAAUGCGUUAAUUCAUAUACCUUUACACUUAUUUUGUCACAUGUUUUUAGGAGGGAAAGAAGGGGGGGGGGGGGAUUAACCUCAGUCAAAUACCUUGUUAUAAUUUACAUUUGUAGCUCUUGCCACUGCUUUAUAAAAUAUGUUGUUGUAAAUUAUAAUACAUUUAAAUUAUGUGUAGGACAUUUUGUGUUAAAGAUUUGUUUGUUUUGA